AUGCCGGUCUCAAACAAGCCUGUCAGUAUCAGUCGUUCUCAGAGCUGGGAUGCUGCCGGCUGGUAUGACAGCAGCUGGGGAAAUGAUGGCGCCCUGGAUUACCCGAGACCGUCCUCCAGCAGAAGGAACUCUCUGACUCACGGUGGCGAGCACGUCUGGUACGAGCAGCCCAGCCCUCAGGGCCCCGAGCUCGUGAUGCACGGGGGGCUGGAGCUGAGGCGAGAACCGUACCUGUGCCAGGACACGGCGUUUGCUGCUGGUCCCCUGAGGAAGAGUUCUGCUCCUGAAUUUCUCUAUUACGACAGCAGGCAGGUAGCAAUGUCUGGACGGAGUCCCCUGCCCUCACAGGACUUCUACGGCGACCCAUCCUUAGCAGCGGGCAGAGCCCCUAAAGAGCCUCCCUGCUUUAGGGACCAAACGGUUAACAGACCAGGGCUGCAUUAUGGGAUAGCCGGAAGCCGAUUGGCGUGGGAUCAGAUACAAGGCCGGUCAUCUGCUGCUCAUGAAGGCAGUCGCCUUUGCCGAGAUACUGGGGGUAAAAUGAUCCCCGAAGGCCAGAGAAUACGGAGCCGCGAUGCUUCCCUCGCCAGGUAUGGAGCCGACCCUCCUCUGAGGCAUGGGGCAGAGGCACCGGUUUAUCCCAACUGGCCUCUCUUGAAUGAUGUCGGCAUGAGGCCCCUUGAGCCCCCUCCCGUUGCCAGGCAGACGGCGCCAACAUGCUUAGUGGUUGACCCCAGUAUGUCCGCUGUGGCUGAGGGGAACCCGGGGCUCUCAGCAGGUCCUGUGAGCCGCACCUACAGCCCGGCCCAGGAAGCCCUCAAUGCCAAGGUGGCAUAUGAGACUUACGAGGCCCCUGGGCAGGAUGGCAAGAGGAACGUGGACCCUGAGUUCAUGGCCCUUCUGAGGACGGAAGGCUUAUCUGAGAGCACCAUCGGUGCCUUGCUCCAGCAGGGGUUUGAUGGCCCUAACGUGCUGGCCAUGAUGGAGGAGAAUGAUGUCAAGUCCGUCGCCCCCAACCUGGGCCAGGCACGUGUCCUUUCCCGGCUGAUCGGUCACUGCCGGGCCGAGCUGCAGCGCCGCAAGGGUCCCUCCUCACGCCCCAGGACCCGCUCCAACAGCUUCAGCCAUCGAAGUGAUCUUCUGCCCAACAAUUACUUGGGACAGCCUGGCCCGGGCGCCGUGGUGGGUGGCAACCCCGUCCAGCACCAGUCCGUUUUCCCUCUUCAGGCAAUCCCACCCCGCCCAGAAGUUACUCGGAGACCCUCCAGCGCGCCAUCUCAGCACCUUCUAGAGACAGCCACCUACUCCGCUGCUGGCAUGGCCCAUCCAAAUGCUCAUUUCCCACCAAACCCUGGAUACAAUUCUCCUGUGCCAUGCACCGUAAAUGCCCGCUUGGGACCAUCUUACUCCCCCCAGGCUGGGAUAGCUAUGACCACCACGGUACAGAACAGCCUCCACCCCAGUCCCAAGAUCGCCUACUCUACCGCUUACACAGUGCCCAUGGAGCUGAUGAAGCGGGAGCGGACCGCCCCUGUGUCUCCCCUGCACAGCCCCCACAGCAGCCCCCAGCUGCUGAGAAAACCCAGUGUUCCGGUGGAUGCCACCCUGCCACCUGCGGCCACCGAGAGUCUCCACACGCCUCACUCUCCGUAUCAGAAGGUGGCCAGGCGCACCGGAGCCCCCAUCAUUGUCUCCACCAUGAUCUCGCCUGAACAAAGUAUCCGGCCCCAAAUCAUGAAUGGUCCCCUGCACCCCCGACCCCUGGUGGCCCUGCUUGAUGGGCGGGACUGCACCGUGGAGAUGCCCAUUUUGAAAGACUUGGCCACAGUGGCUUUUUGUGACGCACAAUCAACUCAGGAGAUCCAUGAGAAGGUGUUGAACGAAGCCGUGGGAGCCAUGAUGUACCACACGAUCACCCUCACCCGCGAGGACCUGGAGAAGUUCAAGGCGCUGCGGGUCAUCGUGCGCAUCGGAAGCGGCUACGACAACGUCGACAUCAAGGCGGCCGGAGAGCUGGGAAUUGCCGUGUGUAACAUCCCCUCAGCGGCCGUGGAAGAGACAGCCGACUCUACCAUAUGUCACGUUCUCAACCUCUACCGGCGAAACACCUGGCUGUACCAGGCCCUGCGGGAGGGCACGCGGGUGCAGAGCGUGGAGCAGAUCCGUGAAGUGGCCUCGGGGGCAGCACGCAUCCGCGGGGAGACGCUCGGCCUGAUCGGCUUUGGUCGCACCGGGCAGGCCGUCGCCGUCCGAGCCAAGGCCUUUGGCUUCAGUGUCAUAUUCUACGACCCCUACUUGCAGGACGGCAUCGAGCGCUCCCUGGGCGUCCAGCGGAUCUACACCCUCCAGGACCUGCUCUACCAGAGCGACUGCGUGUCCCUGCAUUGUAACCUCAACGAACACAACCACCACCUGAUCAACGACUUCACCAUCAAGCAGAUGAGGCAAGGCGCAUUCCUGGUGAACGCGGCCCGCGGGGGGCUGGUAGAUGAGAAGGCGCUGGCCCAGGCCCUCAAGGAGGGCCGGAUACGAGGGGCGGCGCUGGACGUGCACGAAUCGGAACCUUUUAGUUUUGCUCAGGGCCCACUGAAAGACGCACCAAAUUUAAUCUGCACGCCCCACACGGCUUGGUAUAGUGAGCAGGCAUCCCUGGAGAUGAGGGAGGCAGCCGCGACCGAAAUUCGCCGAGCGAUCACAGGUCGCAUCCCAGACAGCUUAAGAAACUGCGUAAAUAAGGACUUCUUUGUCACCUCUGCUCCGUGGUCCGUCAUAGAUCAGCAGGCAAUCCAUCCAGAGCUCAAUGGUGCCACCUACAGAUACCCACCUGGCAUAGUCAGUGUAACGCCUGGAGGAAUUCCUGCAGCCAUGGAAGGCAUUAUCCCAGGAGGGAUUCCCGUUACUCAUAAUCUUCCAACCGUGGCACAUCCUUCCCAAGCUCCCUCUCCUAACCAGCCCACAAAACAUGGAGACAACAGAGAGCACCCCAAUGAGCAAUAGCAGAUAAUUUAACGAAAAUAAUCAUUUACAUAAACUUGGGACCAAGAAACAGUGAACAGUGAACAGGAACUACAAGAAAAGGAAUCCGCCGUAGAAUUCACAACGUGGAUUCUGGACCGAUGCAUCACUGACGUGGCAGUGUGAAAGAGGAGAUCCGAAGGCGAGAUGGGGAGAACCACCCAGAAGUCAGCACCUCUGCUCACAAGUGCUGGAAAGCGAGGACGUGUAACAUGAACAACCAACUUCUGUUACUGUGUGUUAAGUUUUUUCAUCUGUGCACCAAUCACAAGAAUAAAUAGAUCUUUUUCCUUUCUCAAUCCCUUGGGAAUAGCAGGUCUUGGACUUCUGCUUUAGAAUGUUGCAUCAAGAGAUCCAACCAUCCAACUAGGAAAUUGCAGAGAGAAAACCUAAUCAUGGGACUACAGCCUCUUCUGUCCACGUGUGGCUGGUUACCUCUUUGGCUAGGAGGACAAACUAUCACAAAGAUGAGGAGAAAAUGGUUUUCCUGUGGUAGACACUACAAAGCAUAAGAUACUGAACAUAAUCAAGUUUCCUGUGUACAGUGAAACCUAUUUCUCCCUCAUCUGAACUAUAUACACACACACACACACACACACACACACACACACACACACACACCCUGAGCGGUUGGCUGUAAGCUCAGUAAAACCCUCUUAAUGAUGCAAAAAAAAAAAAGAAAAAAAAGAAAGAAAAAAGUAUUAAAUUUCACAAGCUGUUUGUACUCAAAUAUAUUUUCUCAGUUUCAGAUCCUCAGCUAUUUUAUUGAGUGGAAAGUCUUGAGCUGAAAGCUCAAGAAGAAUAAUGUUGCAUUUCCUUAUGUCUCAGGAAACACUUUUUAUGGUAAUUUGUCAGAUUGUCUAUGAACAAAACCCACUUUUUUAGACAUUGAUAAAAGUCUUCUUUUCUUCAUGUGAUAUUUUAUACAAGAACACUUCAAAUGUGUUAUUAGGCGUGACUGAUUUUAACAAAUCCUAUUAGAUUUGUAUCAACUAGUUUCAUGUUAUAUUCAUAGUCUUUUCUUUUAAAAAGAUGGCCUGUUUUGAGCCUUUGUAUAGGUACAUUCCUGUUUCUGUGACAAAAAGAUAUCUUGAAAACUGUCCCAAACAGAAAACCAAGAAUGGCUAUCAGCAAGCAGGAUGUUUUGUUUUAGUGUGUUACACGUUCUUGUGUUUGUUUAUUGUAAAGGUGGACAUUUAGCGGUCAGUGCAGUUUUCAAUAAAAAGUGAUCAAAAUUCCUGUAA